AUGUCGGACCCACAGGCAUAUACCGUCGGCUGGAUUUCUGCUCUUGCUACCGAGUUUGUUGCAGCCCAGCAAUUCUUAGACGAACGACACAACCCUCCCGAGUCUGUUGGCCACCAUGACAACAAUUUCUACGUUCUGGGCAGGAUUGGACGUCACAACGUUGUCAUGGCAACUCUGCCGGAAGGCGAGUAUGGGACUACGACGGCGGCCACAGUUGCGAAGGAUAUGUUGCGUAGCUUCCCUAAUGUCCGCAUCGGCCUUAUGGUCGGCAUUGGGGGCGGCGCUCCGACUGCAGCGCACGACAUCCGCUUAGGAGAUAUCGUGGUAAGCACUCGUGAUGGCGGCUAUGGCGGUGUUUUCCAGUACGACUUUGGCAAGACAAUCCAGGACCAAACAUUUUACUACGAGCAGCAUCUGAAUCAAUCACCACAACUCCUUCUCACCGCAGUCAGCGGGUUGAAGGCGCAGUAUAUGGGAGACAACCACGAACUUGACUCAAAAGUAAGGCAGGUCUUGGAACGUAAGCCCAAGCUUCGUAGCAAGUUUUCGCAACCACCAAUGUCAAGUGACAAGCUAUACCGGUCGGACUUUGUGCAUCGGAACUCGCUGCAGCCGUGUAGCGAGGUCUGCAUCGAUGAUCCAGACCACUUGGCGGUUCGACCAGAGCGCGGCGAAGAAGAUGAUAACCCGGCCAUUCACUAUGGACUCAUUGCUACUGCCAACCAGCUGAUGAAGGAUGCGCUUAUCCGAGACAAGCUGGCUGCAGAGAAGGGCGUGCUCUGUUUCGAGAUGGAAGCGGCGGGCCUGAUGAACCAUUUUCCAUGCUUGGUAGUCCGUGGUAUCUGCGACUAUGCCGAUUCGCAUAAAAAUAAAAAAUGGCAGGGGUAUGCUGCAAUGAUAGCAUCGGCGUAUGCGAAAGAGCUUCUGAAGCAAAUCCCGCCCAAUAAAGUGGAGGCAGAAAAUCGAAUACUUGAAACGAUCGGAUCUGCUCUGAGUGAAAUAGAGAAAACCACGAUGGCAACACAAGUCACUGUCGUUCAAAUGGGGUCUCAGCUCCUUUGCGACAAGGUCAAGAGUUGGUUAUGCCCACCCGAUCCUUCAACCAACAUCAACUAUGCAAAGAAGCUCCGCCACGAAGGCACAGGAGCGUGGCUUCUGAAAAAAACCUUCUUCCAGUCAUGGCAUUCAGGGUCCAAUCGGCACAUAUGGCUACAUGGCUCAGCGGGAUGCGGCAAGACUGUGCUUAGCGCGACUAUUUUAGACUACCUGGCAGAGACGCACGACGGACUCAUUCUUCGCUUCUACUUCGACUUCAGCGACGGGAGAAAACAGAAGUUGAGUGGCAUGUUACGCUCGCUUGCCUUUCAGAUGUAUGAACGUGGACCUGUAUGUAGGAGGCACCUCGAUGCCUUGUUUCAUCACCAUCGCGAUGGCCAAGAUCAGCCUUCCACGGAAACUUUAUCCGAGAUUAUUCGCAAAAUGCUCAUGGAAGAGAAAAAUGUGUGUGUUGUUUUGGAUGCAUUGGAUGAAUCAACGACUAGAGAUCAGCUUCUGCGAUGGAUUCAGGAUAUCGCCUCCGAUCUUGAACUGCAUCAUGUUCGGCUACUCUAUACUAGCCGGCCUGAGUCGGAUUUACACCAAAGUCUACCUGAUUGUAUUGGACAAGAAAAUUGCAUCUCGAUUGACAGGCAGGCCCUAAACGAAGAUAUCCGGGCCUAUGUGGUAUGGCAGCUCACAGAAGGAGAAGGUUUCAAAAAGAGAAAACUAUCACAGGAUCUGAUAGAACUGAUUGAGAAUAAAGUUGGCAAGGGAUCUGACGGAAUGUUUAGAUGGGCAGCUUGUCAAAUGGACAGCCUUGCCAAAUGCCCGACCGCGAAAAAGAUGAAGGAGGAACUCGAAUGCCUGCCCGAAAAUCUUACCAAAACGUACGGACGGAUGCUACAGAGCAUUCCCAGGAAUCUCAGAAACAGCGCUACACGCCUUCUACAGUUCCUUGUUCAUUCCGAGCAGCCACUGACACUGCAAGAGGCGAAAGAGGUCAUUGCUACGAACAUAGACGUAAGCCCGCCAUUUUUCGAUGCCGAUGAUCGCGUUUUUGAAGAAAGCCUGGUCUUACAAUAUGCUCCUGGCUUGAUUUCAAUUGUCGAAGUGGGGAUACAACGAGACAUGAUAAAAAAGGAGCUGCACCUUGCGCACUUUUCAGUAAAAGAAUUCCUAGAAGCUCAAGCGGAUUUCGGACGCCCAAGGGCUGGCAACACCAUCACGCGAACAUGCCUGACUUAUUUAAAGGACAUCACGGGUAGUCAUGACGGCAUCAAUCAGAAUUUUCCUAUGGCACGGUUUGCAGCGAAGACAUGGACGAGGUUUGGUUCUUUAGCAGAGGCGUUCCAAGAUUCUUUCCAAGCAAUGUUGAUGUUCGUGGAGGGAGAAGAAACUUUCCAACGAUGGUGUCGAUUGUUUCAAGCGGAUCGGAGUUGGGACAAAGAUCCUGGCCCGCCAAGGGGGUCUAGGCUCUAUUACUCCUGCCUGGCAGGGCUCUCAAAUGUGGCCCGAGAACUGAUUAACAAAGGAGCAGACGUUAAUGCACAAGGCGGGAACUACGGAAAUGCUUUACAAGCAGCUUCAGCUAACGGCCACUUUAAGAUUGUAGAGCUGUUGCUGGAGAAAGGAGCAGACAUUGAUGUACAAAGCAGGCGCUCCGGUAAUGCUCUACAAGCAGCUUCAGCUAACGGCCACUUUAAGAUUGUAGGGCUAUUGCUGGAGGAAGGAGCAGACGUUAAUGCACAAGGCGGGAACUACGGAAAUGCUUUACAAGCAGCUUCAGCUAACGGCUACAGUGAGAUUGUAGGGCUGUUGCUGGAGGAAGGAGCAGAUGUUAAUGCACAAGGCGGGUUCCACAGGCAUGCUCUACAAGCAGCUUCGACUAAAGGCCACAGUGAGAUUGUGAAGCUAUUGCUGGAGAAAGGAGCAAAUAGUAACGCACAAGGCAGGUACUGCAGCAAUGCUCUAGAAGAAGCUUCAGCUAGAGGCUACAGUGAGAUUGUAAAGCUAUUGCUAGAGAAAGGAGCAGAUGUUAAUGCACAAGGCAGGCACUACAGCAGUGCUCUACAAGAAGCUUCAGCUAAAGGCUACAGUAAGAUUGUAGAGCUAUUGCUGGAGGAAGGAGCAGAUGUUAAUGCACAAGGCGGGUUCUACAGGAAUGCUCUACAAGCAGCUUCAAUUAAAGGCUACUUUAAGAUUGUGAAGCUAUUGCUGGAGAACGGAGCAAAUAUUAACGCACAAGGCAGACACUACAGCAGUGCUCUACAAGCAGCUUCAGCUAGAGGCCACAGUGAGAUUGUGGCGCUGUUACUGGAGAAAGGAGCAGAUGUUGAUGCACAAGGCGGGCUUGAUAGACAUAACCCGCAAAAGAGGCAACAGAGAGAUUGUGAAAGUGCUUCUAGGGAAGUCAAACGCUUGCGAGCAUAG